GAGAUGUUAGCUUGUGCUGCUGCAGCUGAUAUCACAAGCAAGUACAGUAAGCAGGAUGAAGAAGGAUGUAUUGCGCACGAUGUGCUGCAUGGUCCCACAUUCCUAAUGUUCCCAUUACAAUGAAUGCAGGAACUAAAUUCAGAUGCGCAUUACAAACCAUCACAUGUACUGAAUAACUGUACUGCUAAACUCAAAGCAACGAGGUCCACACACCUCAUCUCAACUUCGCUUUCCUCAGAACUGUCGUGAUGAUGUCAGAAUCGAUCUUUUACGAAUCCAGCCGGGAUGAAUUCAUGCGUCGAGGCGAAGCCAAUAAUGAUUGAUUCAAUGAUUGAACAAUAUGCUGCAAGUUUACCUCAUAAAACCGUUCACCGUAGGAAACCUCACCAUGAACACUAUGACAUUCGCAUCGCAUGUUCGGAUUCAAAACGCUUCCAGCAGUCCAUGAAGUUCAACGUUGAUGAGCACCGAGCAUCAGGUCCAAGGUGGUCGCGCGGGGGAAGGGAGAACCUUGAACUCGCAACGGUUGGUAAACCAAAGGUUGUGGUUGUCCAGUUGGAGUAGCGGUUUUCGCUGCCUCCUUCGUUUCCUAGUAUUUUAUUGAGGCGGGUUUGUAGGAUUUCUUUGUAUGCUCCGGUUUGCCUUUCUUUUUCAGUUAAUAAAGACUUUCAGAUGCC